GAGACCCUCGCCGACCCCCGCGCCGGGUGCUGCGGGCUGACCCGGCGCCCGGCCCCCGCCCCCCGCCCCCGGGAGCGGGCUCUGCGGGGCUGGCCUCCAGGCCGCGCGCCCCCCCGGGCCCUCGGGUCCCCGCGUCACCCUCCCGGUUUCCUCCCGUAGCUUCCGGGACAGUUUCCAGCCCCGCCGCCCGUGUGGUCGCCGCCUCCACCCACGGCCCCCCUCACUCGGCGCCCCGUGGCCCACGGAGUCGUCCGCCCUGGGGCCGGGGUGGCUCCUCUCAGAUCCAGAUUCAGUGUUAAGAAAUCUCUCCUCUAUUUCUUUUUUCUUUUCUUUUCUUUUUUUUCUUUUUAGCACGGUCGUUUAAAAAGUUCCCUGUGGGGGUUGUUAAACUGUUCCCAGAUCACGUUCGUUCUCUUUUAGGAGUUGGUUGUCGGAUACACCUUUAGGUUUCGGAAUCCAGGUAAGUGUGUGAGAAAUGGUCGGAGGCCAAGUGCAAAUACGCACAAGUGGACCAAGUCAAGGCCGUGUCACCCGGGAAGUGGGUCGGAAGGAAAAAUCUCUGAACUUUGGAGUUUUGCAGAAAUGAGAGACCAGCAGGGCCGUGCCACCAACAGCCUCGCUCAUUAAAAGAGCCUUAAUUCCGAGUCCUAGGCUCAUCUCUGCCGAUGAGCCAUCAACCGACACUGAAGACCAGACACUCACCGUCUUAAGAUCUCAGUCGUGAAGCACAGGAUGAACAGUUCGUUUAUCUUGAGGGUCCAGGAUUCUGGACCUCGCCACAUUACGGGAAAGGAAAUGGGCUUAAAAUAAGGUUGGCAGCCUCGUUGGUUUGUUUUAGAUAAUGGAAUCCUUUCCUACUAUGAUUCACAAGAUGAUGUUUGCAAAGGGAGCAAAGGAAGUAUAAAGAUGGCAGUUUGUGAAAUUAAAGUCCAUUCAGCAGACAACACCAGAAUGGAAUUAAUCAUUCCAGGAGAGCAGCAUUUCUACAUGAAGGCAGUGAACGCAGCUGAAAGACAGAGGUGGCUGGUUGCUCUGGGGAGCUCCAAAGCCUGUUUGACUGAUACUAGGACUAAAAAAGAAAAAGAAAUAAGUGAAACCAGUGAAUCUCUGAAAACCAAAAUGUCUGAACUUCGCCUCUACUGUGAUCUCCUAAUGCAGCAAGUUCAUACUAUCCAAGAAUUUGUUCACCAUGAUGAGAAUCAUUCAUCGCUCAGCGUGGAGAACAUGAAUGAAGCCUCUUCUCUGCUUAGUGCCACAUGUAAUACAUUCAUCACAACCCUUGAGGAAUGUGUGAAGAUAGCGAAUGCCAAGUUUAAACCUGAGAUGUUUCAGCUGUCCCAUCCGGAUCCCUUGGUUUCUCCUGUGUCACCUUCUCCUGUUCAAAUGAUGAAGCGUUCUGUUAGCCAUCCUGGUUCCUGCAGUUCAGAGAGGAGUAGCCACUCUGUAAAAGAACCAGUGUCUACACUUCACCGACUCUCCCAGCGACGCCGAAGAACCUACUCAGAUACAGACUCUUGUAAUGAUAAUCCUCUUGAAGACCCAGAUAGACCUGUUCACUGUUCAAGAAAUACACUUAAUGGAGAUUUGGCAUCAGCAACCAUUCCUGAAGAAAGCAGACUUAUGGCCAAAAAAAAAUCAGACUCUGAAGAUCCUCUUCCAUCCUUCUCUUCCUGAGGAAACGGAAGUGUCCAACUUCCUCUAAGUAUUGCUAUGCAAAAGCUGCUGUAAUUAAAUUAGGUUAUAGGGAGUAGUUUUUUUUCCCUUAGGAUUUCUCUGCACUUUAUAGAAUACUGUAAAACAAACAAACAAAAAACAACCCACAUACCUUUGAAGUGUAUUUUAUCUUUAUAUAGUUUAUUUGCAAGAGUAUUUUCCUAAUAACUUCACAGUAUGAAUGUGCAUUUUUUUUUAAAUAAAUGAUGGUGUAACAUUUUGAUCUCCAUAAGGACAAAUGUAGAUAUUUUUCUAAAAAAACUGUGAGGGACUGACAGGUAGUCAGUGUGUAUUGUAGUUUAUAAACAUGAAAUCUUAUAAGGUUUCAGUUUUGACAGAAGUGUGAUAUAUGUAACUUGUGCCAUGGACCAAAUGGUCACUUUACCCCAGCUAAAAAUGAGUUACGAUAGCAGCUUGAUGGUGAUUCUAUUGUAUUCCUUUGAGCAAAAAGGAGACAUUUAAUACUCUAAAUAUUUUUAUCCCAAAUACCAUGACAUGAUGAGGAUUUUUUAAAAACCAUACUGUGCUGUCCUUCAUAUGUGAAGUUGACACUACUGAUUUGUCAAUACCAAAUGUUGGAUGAAAGUAUUUAACUUUUAUUUAUUUAUUUUUCUGUCGCAGCAAAAAAUGAUUACAUCCUAACUUUUAUGACCUACCAAAUUUAAGAUGUGUAUACAUUGUUAUUUACAUUGUUCUAGAAAAGAGGUUAAUGUAGUGACGUUGCUCACUUACACCAGAGAAAUAAACGCCUUUCAAUGGAA